CGCCAAAAGAAGCUGUAGAAAACACCAAGCGCGCAGUUUAGCUUUGAAAAAAAACAGUAAAAAUCUCCUGACAGGUGAUAAAAAUGGACAUACGCCGGUUCUUCGCGCCCAAACCCGGCCGAGGAAGCAGCGGCACCGAAGAGGAGCCCAAGAGCAAGAAGAAGAAGCCGGCGGCGAAGGUCAAGAGCUCUGCGUCCGACGCCAAACCCUCGGCCAAGCGGAGGCCGCGAGUCAUAGCCGAUUCAGACUCUGAUGAAGACGAGGCGGUGAAGGACAGGAAGACGACCUCCUCCUCCUCCUCCUCCUCAUCUAAAGGGAAGCCGGCCGCGCCCGGGAGAAAAGAUCCCGUGACGUACCUGUCUGACUCAGAUUCGGAUGACGCCUUCGCCUCGUUGAAAAAGCCCCCCAGACUAAAAGAGAACGGGCGCAGCGAAGCCACCAAGGGCCCCAAACCUACAGCGGCGGGAUCCAAGGAGGUAAAAAGCGCCCCGGUGAAAUCGCCCCAGACUAAAGGAGCCCCUCCCAAAAAGGCCCUCGGCCCCACCCCGACCGAGCCGGUCACGCCCAAGCGCACCCCCACCUCGGUCAUGGAUUACUUCGGGACGUCCGACGUCCAGCGGUCUGACAAGAAGCUGGUGGCCAGCGCCAAGAGGAAAGCGCCGGCGCAGGAUCCCGACGACCGGCUGGACGACGAGGCCGUCGCGAGGCAGCUACAGGCCGACGACGACAUGGAGGUGAGGCGGCACCCGUCUCCCACCGUUCCUGCCCCAUCACUGGAGAAGCAGAUACACGAGGACGAGGCCUUCGCCAGGACCCUGGCGGCCAGCGACGACGCCCCUCUGCCUAAAAAGGCUCGCGUGGACCCGGCCACGCCCUCGCCAUCGAAGAGCGGCUCCAAGGUGGACGCCGCGUCUCCGCUGAAGAAGAGCCCGGUGGCGAAGAAGAGCCCCCCGGUGAAGAAGAGCCUGGUGGCGAAGGCCAGCUCCAAACUGGCUCUGAUGAAGAGGAAGGCGGAGCAGCAGCGGGAGGAGGAGCAGCGGGAGGAACAGCGGGAGGAGCAGCGGAGGGGCGAGAUGAAGAUCACGCCGAAGAAAGAGCCGGCCAAGCGGGCGCCCUCGGAAAAGGCCGCCACCCCUAAAUCUGCUUCCGCGUCAGGGGGCGCCGGCGGGGCCCCGACCGAACCCGAGGCCAGCCCGGAGGACAAGAAGCGCGGCAAUUCGGCGGCGUUCAGGAACUACCUGAACCGAGACGGGCCGCGGGCGCUGGGCUCCAAGGAGAUACCGCAGGGAGAAGAGAACUGCCUGGAGGGGUGCGUGUUCGUGCUGACGGGAGUCCUGGAGUCCAUGGAGCGGGACGAGACCAAGUCCCUCAUCGAGCGCCACGGCGGGAAGGUGACGGGUAACGUGAGCCGUAAGACCACCUACCUGGUGCUGGGCCGGGACAGCGGCGCGUCCAAGACCGACAAGGCCCGGAGCCUCGGCACCACCGUACUGACCGAGGACCGGCUGCUGGACCUGAUCCGGACCAGACCCGGCAAGAGGUCCGAGUACGAGCUCGCCGCCGAGGCCCAGACUCGAGCCACCAAGCCUUCCAAAAGUAAGCGCACCCCCCCGGGGAAAGCCGAGGCCGAGAAGAGUCUGGAGUCGGGCUCAGGGAGACCGGCGCCCCCCGCGGCGGACGACGCCCUGCUGUGGGUGGAUAAGUACCGCCCUCGCAGCCUGAAGAACCUGAUCGGGCAGCAGGGCGAUCAGAGCUGCGCCAACAAGCUGAUGAGAUGGUUGCAGGACUGGCACCGGAACCGCGGCGCCGGCGCCAAACCGGCCGGAGCGCGAUUCGGGAAGUUCGGGGGGAAGGACGACGGUUCCGGGUUCAAAGCCGCGCUCCUGUCCGGACCUCCCGGCGUGGGCAAGACCACCACGGCCGCCCUCGUGUGUGAGGAGCUGGCCUACAGUUACGUGGAGAUGAACGCCAGCUGCACCCGCAGUAAGAACAGCCUGAAGCAAGUCAUAGCCGAGUCCCUCAACAACACCAGCAUCAAAAACUUCUACACAGGUGCCUCUCAGGCGGUCAGCGACAAGCACGUCCUGAUCAUGGACGAGGUGGACGGCAUGGCGGGAAACGAGGACCGCGGAGGAAUUCAGGAGAUGAUCGGCCUGAUCAAGCAGUCCAAGAUCCCCAUCAUCUGCAUGUGCAACGACCGGAACCAUCAGAAGAUCCGCUCGCUCGCUAACUACUGCUACGACCUGCGCUUCCAGCGGCCGCGCGUGGAGCAGAUCAAGGGCGCUAUGAUGUCCAUCGCUUUUAAGCAGGGGCUGAAGAUCCCGCCCCCCGCGCUGAACGAAAUCAUCCUGGCGUCCAAUCAGGACGUGCGACAGGUGCUGCACAACCUGAGCAUGUGGUCGGCGACGGACAAGGUCAUGACCUACGACCAGGCCAGAGCCGACGCCCUCAAGGCCAGGAAGGACGUCAGAAUGGGGCCGUUCGACGUGUGUCGGAAGGUCUUCGUGGCGGGUGAGGAGACGGCGAACAUGACCCUGAUCGAUAAGUCCGAUCUCUUCUUCCACGACUACUCGCUGGCGCCGCUGUUCGUGCAGGAGAACUACGUACACGUACGCCCCGCGGCCGCCGGAGGGAACCUGAAGAAUCACCUGGUGCUGCUGAGUAAAACGGCCGACAGCAUCUGUGACGGAGAUCUGGUGGACAAGCAGAUCCGCUCUCGACAGGCCUGGUCCCUCCUGCCAACACAGGCGGUGUAUGCCAGCGUGCUGCCGGGCGAGUUGAUGCGCGGGUACAUGAGCCAGUUCCCCACGUUCCCCAGCUGGCUGGGCCGGUUCUCCAGCACCGGGAAGCACAGCCGCGUGGUCCAGGAGCUGUCGUCUCACAUGAGCCUGAGGACGCUGAGCAGCAGGGAGGCCGUGAACCUGGACUACCUGCCGUACCUGCGCUCCGCCCUGCUGGAGCCUCUGCGGUCCCGCGGGGUCCACGGGGUCGCCCACAGCGUCAAGCUCAUGGACGACUACCACAUCAUCAAGGAGGACUUCGACAACAUCAUGGAGAUCAGCACGUGGGCGGGGCAGGACGAGCCCUACUCCAAACUCCACCCCAAGGUGAAGGCCGCGUUCACGCGCACCUAUAACAAGGAGUCCCACAUGACGCCGUACUCGCUGCAGGAGGUGAAGAAGGGCCGCAGGGGGGCGGCGGAACCCGACGCCGACACUCAGGGACGAGACGAGGAGGAGGAGGAGGAGGAAGAGACGGUCGCCACGGACGCCAUGAUCAAGCAGAAGAAGAGCAAAGCAUCAAAGGAGACCAAGACAUCAAAGGAGACGAAGCGGGACCGAGCCGCCGAUUCCACCAAGGGUAAAAGCAGAGGCAAGAAGUGAGCCACGCCCGCGUACGGAGGAGUAUUAGCGGAGAAACUGAAGCCGCGAACAGGAAGCACUUCUGACGGAAGCGAACACACCGGGCGGCGGAACACCACGGCGCUACGCUAACCAAACGCACUUGAACUCGGGGACGUGGAGCUACGCUAACGUGUCGUUAAUGAACGAUAAUUGUUAUUAUUUAGUGUUUUAGAUUUUUUGUUUUGUCGCGAACAAAUAAAAGAACGUCAUUCGCUGCCGUCUGUGACCUCACCUGAAUGCUAAUGAAUAACGCUUUUAAUCCGGGCUGCAGACAGGCCGGCCUAGCAUGAGCAUGAGCGCUCUCUCAGUACGGAUUCUGUCUCGGACGUCUGCGGCGCUUCUGGACGUUGUUUAAAGACUCGCAGAUUUACCUGGAUUGUCUGAUUAUAUUUUCAAUAAUGUUAUGGACGGUAGAUGGUCCAUAAGUUCCUUGUGAUUAAUAAAUAGUGCUUUGUUUAUACCCUAUUAUGACAUCAUCACUUACUUUAGAUGUUUGUUUUUUUAUAUAUUUCAUUAGAAAAUAGUUUAUAUUUUCAAAAUAUCAAUAAAACAUUAAAUCUA